GAGCAGCAAAGCAAGACAAAUCCAGUGGAGGAACCCCCCCUCCAGUCAGAUGAACAUCACUACCUCACUCCCUCCCUCCUGCUUCACCGUUGUUUUUUUCCCCCUCCUCCCUUUCUCGCUCCUCUAUAAUUCAUCUGUGCGCUGAGAGUCCCCUGCUCACGGCUCCAGCCGCUCCAUCCGAACCACCGAGCCUGUUGGAUCUCCUCCUCUCCUCGCUACAUCGUCUUCUUUUACCUCCAUUUGUCCGUCCAUCUAUUCUUGCAUCCCUCCACAGGCAUGGAGAGUCAAAACUGGCCUUUUUCUGCUGCUGAGAGGGAGAGUGAGCCAUCAUCGAGCUCCUCUCUUAGCUGCUGAAAAGGGAAACACAAGAUAAGAGAAGAAGGGAUUUUGUUGUCCUUUUUGGCGUUAAAAGAAUCCUGUUUGUCUGCCUCCAUUUCUUUCUAUUGGAUUACAGUUCUGGCUUUGUGUAGGAACCAAAAAACGGGGUCCAAAAUGCCUGAAGCAAAUUACCUGCUGUCGGUGUCUUGGGGUUACAUUAAGUUCAAGAGGAUGUUGAAUCGGGAGUUGACGCACCUAUCUGAGAUGAGUCGGUCCGGGAAUCAGGUUUCCGAAUUCAUCUCCAACACCUUCCUAGACAAACAGAAUGAGGUGGAGAUGCCGUCGCCGACAUCCAAGGCGCGAGAGAAGAAGAAGCAGACGAGGCAGCAGCUGAUGACACAGAUCAGCGGAGUGAAAAAGGUUUCCCAUGGUCCUUCGCUCUCCACCAGCAGCAUCUCGCGCUUCGGUGUCAAGACCGAUAAGGAGGAGCUGCUGUCCAAAGAGCUGGAGGACCUCAACAAGUGGGGCCUGAACAUCUUCACCGUUUCAGAGUACUCCCACAGUCGGCCUCUUACCUGCAUCAUGUACGCCAUCUUCCAGGAGCGAGACCUGUUAAAGACAUUUCAAAUCCCUGUGGAUACGUUCGUGGCCUACAUGAUGACAUUGGAGGACCACUACCAUUCAGAUGUGGCCUACCAUAACAGCCUGCAUGCUGCUGACGUAGCCCAAUCCACACACAUCCUCCUCUCCACUCCAGCCCUAGAUGCGGUGUUCACAGAUCUUGAGAUCCUAGCAGCCAUCUUUGCUGCAGCUAUCCAUGAUGUUGACCAUCCUGGAGUAUCAAACCAAUUCCUAAUCAACACCAACUCUGAGCUGGCGUUGAUGUACAACGAUGAGUCUGUGCUGGAGAACCAUCACCUGGCUGUGGGAUUCAAGCUACUACAGGAAGACAACUGUGAUAUAUUCCAGAACGUCCCUAAGAAGCAGCGACAGUCCCUCCGCAAGAUGGUGAUCGACCUGGUUUUGGCCACUGACAUGUCCAAACACAUGAGUCUGCUGGCUGAUCUGAAGACUAUGGUGGAGACAAAGAAGGUGACAAGCUCAGGAGUGCUGCUGCUGGAUAACUACACAGACAGGAUACAGGUGCUGCGUAACAUGGUGCACUGUGCCGACCUGAGUAACCCCACCAAGUCCCUGGAGCUGUAUCGCCAGUGGACUGAUCGGAUAAUGGACGAGUUCUUCCACCAGGGAGACAGAGAGAGGGAGAGGGGGAUAGAGAUCAGUCCUAUGUGUGAUAAACACACAGCCUCCGUGGAGAAGAGCCAGGUGGGUUUCAUCGACUACAUCGUGCACCCUCUGUGGGAGACGUGGGCCGAUCUGGUCCACCCUGACGCCCAGGACAUUCUGGACACGCUGGAGGACAACAGGAACUGGUACCAGAGCAUGAUCCCCCAGAGCCCCUCCCCGCCCUUCUACGACCAGGGCGUGCACGGACACAGUGGAGGGAAUGGAGGUCAGGGAGGAGGGGAGAAGUUUCAGUUUGAGCUCACCGUGGAGGAGGAGGACUUGAAUGGAAUAGAGAAAGAUGGCGAAGGGGAGGAGGAGGAAGAAGAAGAAGAAGAAGAAGAAGAAGAGGAGUUGGAAGAGGAGGAAGAUAGUCUGGGAGAUUCUCGUUCUCCUCCCCUGGACUAUUUGGACGGUCAGGAGCUUGAGGAGGGAGUCAUGAUAGAGCCGGCGAUAGAGAUUGUGACCCAUGAGGCGUCGCCCACAGACACAUAGGGCUUCCAUCAUCAGGCUCACAUGGUGAUUUGAACGUUUUUGGCAAAAGGGGGAGAUCCUCUUGCAGCUGUGCUUUUUAAUAAGCCCAUAGAAGCAAAGGCUUAGUUUGGUCCCUCACAGGGGCGUUUGCACUUGGGUGUUUGAAGCCAGACACGGACGGACAGUUUCGGUGAGGCGGCUUCAGAGUUCUCAGGAAAUAAUUACUGCGAACAUUUUAGUCUUGAUGGACAGGCGAGACUGAGAGUGGAACUUGAAGGAUUGCGGCCAGUUUGGGAAAUAGUUACUCUUCUUUCUGGACCGGCAUUAAAUGGACAUUGACACUACUGAGAGAAGUUUUGUACCUUAAGACUUUUUUACAGAUAUGAUAUGAUCUAGAAGUAGCAUAGAUUAAGAUCUACUGAUGGAGACACAUUUGUAUAGCAAAAGAGAGUGUUUACUUUUUCCUGUACCAUUUGUCAAAGGACUUUUGUGUGCCUUUUUUACUAUUGUCUUUAUAAUAGUUUUUUAUUUAUUGAACACUCUAGUAUGUCUGUGAAAUGUUUUUUUUCUUAUCUGAAAGAGCAACAUCUUUUUUUGUAUGUUAAAGAGAACAGUCUUCCAUGUAUUGGGCAAUAGAGAAAUCCAAACAAACGUCGACAAACUAAUCUGAAUAGGGAAACAUUAACACCCACAUUAUACGCACAUUCUGUCACUUUUGUUUUUCAAUCUGAGCAGUGUUUCAUACAUGGAAUUCAAAUGCUUAAUUUCCCUCAUGCUUCAUGUUACAUGAAUGUUUGUUGCUUUCUUUAGCAGUUGUUGGUCAAUGAAUGUCACAGUUACACUAAAUCACCUAUAUUCAUCUCUAUACAUCAUCUUUUCUCUUUUCUGCGUAACAGUCUGCAAUCCAUUGGUCGACUUCCUACCUCUUUCUCACCAAAACUUGACUUUUGAUGCUAAAUGCCAAGGAUGUGAAAUCCUACACUUAAAACUAUUUGAUCAGAUAUUCCUGCUACAUUUUCAAUGUACAUUUAUGAAGCAUUUGAUCUGUUUGGUUUUGUCUUUUCAUUUUCCUCAACCAAUUGUUUUCGUGUUGGUGUGAAAAAGAGGAUAGUCAAGAUCAAACCCUCAUAACCUGCAAUCUAUUACUAGUUUCAAUCAGCAGUAAAACAAGCAAGUCUUAAAGCAAAUAGUGUGCUGCUUAGAUCUGUAAAGUCAGGAAUUAAGUCUACAAAGGACAAAAUGCACAACAGCAGUAAAUCAAUAUUUUUGUUUAGCCUACAAGUACGCUGCAGUCUUAAUAAUCCUGUUAGAUGGAACAGGUCCUGACCCCAGACCCGUCUGAUGUAAGGCCCCCACCCCCACCCCUCGGCAAUCAGGCCCAGACCACAUGAUUAAAGGUGCUCGUACAGCUGCCUAUUUGCAGGGCGCUCUCAGACCCUCAUCAGAACCUCUAUUCAUAUGGUUUACAAACCCCUUUGGGCUCCACGGACAUGACCCCAAAACAAUCAGGUCAGCUAUUUCUUCCUCACAAUAAAAAUCCCUCAAGUGCUGAGUCGGGUCAUUGACGUCAAUUGAAUUUCUCCCCCUCCCCCUUGACUGUAUCAGGUUUCCAGGACAGUGGGGUUAUAGGGAUUGGAAACAGAUGGAAUUGCUGGAUUCGGCCUGGCAGACUUUACCCUCUAGAAAAACAGAGGGAUAAUUAGGUGCUCUAGUUUGAAAACAAACCAAAAAAAGCCUAUUUUUGCUGCUGAAUGAGGUUCGAAAAUGGUGUGCAGACGUUACAUUUAUGCUCCUGACGCUUCCAUGACUAAUUUGUAUUGAGGUGCUAGUUGCAUCUAUAUUUACAGCUCUCCAUUUCCAUAUUGGUUCACUGAUAUACUCAAAGGUACUUCAUUUAUUUCACUCUAGCAUGCGUAAGUGGCAAUUGUCUGUGUGCAGUAUGUAUGUGUGUGUGUGUGUACAGUAUGAAAGGUUUUGUAUCUGUGUGUGUUUGGAUGUGUUGACUUUGUCAUCAGGCCUUACCCCCAUCACUCCUCACCUUUGUCUCUACUGUUUGUCGCUAGGAGCUCAAGUUGGUCCUUUUUGCUGUUUAUAACAGUGUGUAUUUAUUCUCUACUUAAAGCUUGUAAAUAUGAAAUACUGGUUCAGUGUAAAAUCUAUUUUAAUUUAUAUGCACUUGCAUUACCUGGAAGUGGUGGUGUCUAAUGUGUAGAAGACUCUGGAUUAGAGUCUUUUUAUAUAUGUAUUAUAUAUUGUUUUUUAUAUAAAUAUAUAUAUAAAUAUAUCUAAGUAUAUAUUCGCACAAUGUUUUGAGUGCCCAGCAGAGCAGCAGCUAAAGAUACAUGUUGUUGUCACAUGAAGACCUUGUAACUUCACAAGAAAAUGGAAAAACAUUUAUUAAUUAAGCUUAUUAUAAAGGAAUAUUAAACAAAGAAAUAAUUUGGCAUUACUUAUAUAUUCGAAAGUUUCUCUUGGUUAACUUGAUUUAGGCUUAGAUACAUUUCUGAAAUAAUAGCUAUCAUUUUAGAGAGGACAUGUCCUCAUUUGGUUUCGUAGGUAAUUUUUCUGAUUGGAAGCUAUUUUGAUCCAACUGAGUUUUUGAAGCUACAAGGUUUUCAUCCGACAGCAGUAAUUUGGUAACCCAGGGGCGACAUAGAGGACAUGUUAAACUGCAUAGGCUGUGAAAUAGGAUACAUGCAGGCUAGCUAAGGAACACAAAGGCUUAGUCGAUGCUUGGUAUCAAAGUACAACAAUAGCUUAUUUUCUCUCAGCAGCUUGUCACAACCUUAGCUUCUCCAUCCAGCAUUUGAGUGCAGAUUGCUGAUACUGUAUAUGAGGCCAGAUAGAUACAGGUUUACCGACAAACACAAAGCAAUUGUCUCCUUUUACACUUAACGCACUUGAUGUAAAAGUAGAUAACACGGGGACUGUAUUGGUACAGUAGCAUGCUACAAUACGCCCGGCACUGACGUGAAUCGUUCAGAAUUAACAACAAAACAUGAUCGUAUGUAACUGAUUGUGCUAAUGUGUGAACUCUUUCUGACCAAACUUGUUAGCAGUUUUGAAAUUCAAAUUUGUCAGUAUUAACAUUGUUUAUCUAUGUUCAAGCUUUUUUUGGUCCUAGUUGUGUCCAAAUGGUUAGCCAGAUUUAGCACUAUCUGCAUGAGAGAUGGGUUUUUUUAUGUCAAUAAUAUGUUCAAGUCCGCCAAUUGGUGGGUUAUUAAAUGUUUCACACAAUGUAUGGUAUUAUAUUGUAUAUUGUGUUCGAAAAUAAAUCUGAAAUACUUUUUCUAUUAAGUGAUUAAAAGCAAAGCAUGAAUACAUUC